GGGGCCGGCCAUUUCUGAGGCGAGACCGGAAGUGGGCGGACGGGGGCGCGGGGCUCCCUUCCUGAGGCGAUGUCCGGGGUGGUGCGGACGCUGAGCCGCUGCCUCUUGCCGGCCGAGGCCUCGUCCCGCGGCGGGGGGAAGGAGCGGGGCGGCGGCGAGGCGGAGCGCGAGGCCCGGCGCCGCAGCCGCGAGAUCGACGCCCAGCUGGCCCGCGAGCGCCGCGCCGUCCGCCGCCUGGUCAAGAUCCUGCUCCUGGGCGCCGGGGAGAGCGGCAAGUCCACCUUCCUCAAGCAGAUGCGCAUCAUCCACGGCCGAGAGUUCGACCAGAAGGCGCUGCUCGACUUCCGGGCCACCAUCUACGAGAACGCCCUCAAGGGCUGCAGAGUUCUAGUUGAUGCACGGGACAAACUAGGCAUUCCUUGGCAGUACACAGAGAAUGAGAAGCAUGGGAUGUUUCUGAUGGCCUUUGAAAACAAGGCUGGGAUGCCCAUUGAACCCUCUCUGUUCCAGCUGUAUGUGCCUGCCUUGAUUGGUCUAUGGAAGGAUUCUGGGAUCAAAGAAGCUUUUAGCCGCAGAAGUGAAUACCAGCUGGGUGAAUCAGUGAAAUAUUUCCUGGAUAAUCUGGACCGGAUUGGCCAGUUGAAUUAUUUCCCUAGUAAGCAAGACAUCUUACUCGCUAGAAAAGCCACCAAGGGGAUUGUGGAGCAUGAUUUCAUUAUCAAGAAGAUCCCUUUCAAAAUGGUCGAUGUGGGUGGACAGCGGUCUCAGCGGCAAAAGUGGUUUCAGUGCUUCGAUGGGAUCACCUCGAUACUGUUCAUGGUCUCCUCGAGCGAGUAUGAUCAGGUCCUUAUGGAAGACCGGCGCACAAACAGACUCGUUGAAUCCAUGAACAUCUUUGAGACCAUUGUGAACAACAAGCUCUUUUUUAACGUCUCCAUCAUUCUCUUCCUGAAUAAAAUGGACCUUCUGGUGGAGAAAGUGAAGACUGUCAGCAUUAAGAAAUACUUUGGAGACUUCAAGGGUGACCCGCACCGUCUGGAGGAUGUUCAGCGUUACCUGGUGCAGUGUUUUGAUCGGAAGCGGAGGAAUCGUAGUAAGCCCCUUUUCCAUCACUUCACCACCGCCAUAGACACUGAAAACAUCCGCUUUGUGUUUCAUGCUGUAAAGGAUACAAUCCUUCAGGAAAACCUUAAAGAUAUCAUGUUGCAGUGAAAGAAGGUUCACUUUUUUUCUUGCAGCCAAGCCUAGCUAUAGACCCAGCUUCUUUUGGUUCAUGUGUUGGAUUUUUUUAAAAGAUCCUAACCGUUUGUUUGGCUCAAGAAAACGACAAAAUAGCCAGUCCAGACAGACGAGCAACGGGCAGAAGGACUGUGAAAGCUCAAACUAGCUACUGAAUCACUAAACUAAAACACUACUGAAAAAGUGGCUGUUACAAGUUCAGUGCCUUCUUCUGAAUCACAUUAUUGCAUUCUGCCUUCUGAAAAGAAAACACUAACUUUGGAGAAAAACUUGUAAAGUAAUUUGUGUUUAUAAUUAAUGUUAUUUAAUGGUGCCAAAAUCUGAUGCCAUACUGCCUGUCUCCCACGUUAGUUUUUCUGAUGUAUUAACAAACCCAAUAAUGUAUCCAGUUCUCUGACUGAGACUUCAUUUUGAAAAAUGCAUUGUAAUAUGUGGUUGCAAUCCUGGGAUCAACGCUCAGGUUUGGUGCGUACAGAAUCCUCCGCCAGUAUUCAGAUUCUGCUUUCCAAGGUGGCUCUUUUCUGGUUUGAAAAUCUCUUCAACUUCCCUCAAAUUGGAGGUUCAGAACUGCAAACUGACUUAGUUAGUUGUACAAACUGCUUUUUUAGGGAUUCUGAUCCAAAAGGGCAGAAAUUUAAAGUCUGAGUUGGUGCAACACAAGGCUUUACUUUGCACUACAUGUAUAGUACCCAUUGCAUCGUGGAAUUACAACAUGAGCCCACUAUGCACAUUCUUGAUAUUCUCACCGGACAUCUUCAAUCCUUUAACCUAUAGCUGGAACUCUUUGGAAAUGUCCUCUCAACUUAAUGAUGUUUUCUGUCUCAGAUAUGAAAGUUGAUCCUACUCUUUGGGCAGUUUUGUUAAUCGGUGGCUGUUCAUCGUGUCAAGGCAAAACACUGCUCAUUUUGAACUGAAAUGCCUGACUUUCAAUUAAUUGUUAGUAUCUGUUGCCAGAUUUUUAUCAAUCUAUAUACAUUGAAAAUCUUGUAAACUGACAAGUUCUAACUUGCCCUUUUAAGGGUACCACAAAAUAUGUGCAGGUUUGCAAGAGGCUGUGGGUAAUGUUGAUGUGCUUAUUUCUUUUUUUAAGUUUGAUAGAUUGAAUUUAACUAUGGGUGCCUUUUCUGUGUGUACAAAUAUUUCACACUUUUUGUGCUAUGAAGUCUGUAUUAACCAAAACAGUGGCCUACCUUUUCAGUGCUAAUAGUCUUCAUUCAGGGAUCCUGUCCAACAUAAGGAAGUUUACUGUGACAUUGGUACAUUACUUGUUAUAAUACAACUCAAAGGGCUUAGUUAUUGUAUGGCAUUAUCAGAAUGCUCUAGUUUAUGCUGUUUGUGCCAUUUGGUGACAGUCAUAUCUUUAAUGAGAAGCAGCAUUCCAGGCAUGUCUUGGGCCUUCUGCGUGGACAAAUCCUAGAAUGUUUUUUCUCUGUGUGGAUUCCUUAAAUGUAUAUAUGCAUGCUUAUGUAUGUGUACCAUACAUUCUAUAACAGAAAUUGGCACAAAUCUUGCUUUCAUGCACAACCUAGCUCAGCUGAAUUUCAGACUUUUCCCAUUUUCAAGGUUACAUUACACAUGAGAACUUACGUAGUGUGAUAUUCUAUGGACCAACUACCAUUUCCACUUCUGAGUCUAGGCGAGAAUCUAAUAUUCCCACUUUGCCACGUAUAUACUAAUAUGCUGAAAUAUUUUUGAAGUUUAUAAUAUCUAUUAAAGGAUAAACGGGAAUGUAAUUCACUCAUGUUUUGUCCAUGGCUGUUGAUCACUAUAUUCACUGGAAUUCUUUGUGGCUUUUCUCUCUCUUAAGAAUCCUAAUCCUGUAUCAACAGAGAUACUUCUAAUUUGCAUUUUUCAGAUGCUAGUUUUGCCUUGGCAAGUGGCUGGAAUUGACAGGAUUUUAAGGGUAAUUAAUCAUAGAACAACGUAUACAUCUGAUCUUACAUUAUAGCUUGCACAGUGGAACAUUCCCAUAAUUUUAGGCAUACCUAGAGUGGGUCUUCUGUAUUCUAACUUCACUGUAUUGCAAUCUUUAUAUCUAAAAGAACCUUUGUUUUUCGUCUUCACUUAACGUAGCUUCUUUGGCUUCCCAAAAGUGCCUCAUACACUUUUUAAUUUUGGGCCAAAGUGCCAGACUGUAGCACAAACUCUGAUUGCAAGUAUUUAGCAUCUGAACUAUGCUUCUAUUCGCAUUGUAAAGCAAGAGCUAAUUCAUUGUAGUCCCUUUAUUAGAGCUCUGUACUCACAAUAUGUUCUUGCUUUUCCUGUUACAAUUAUGGCUACCACUGCAACCACAAGUAGAAUGUAGUCUUCUAGUAUGUCAUACCAGAUACAGGUCUCUUGGUGUGAGGGAGUCCCUUGCUGAGAUAAACAUGCUUAGUUACCACAGGUUUGGGUGGUCAGAAUGAAUUUAACUUAAUCUGGUACAUCCAGUCUCUCUUACGAUGGAAGGAACUUUGUGGUUUCAUGCUCUCAUGAUGUGGCGCAUUUCGAAAUAAUCUGUACUAAUCCUUAUGUUAGAUAUUGCAAUUGAAGGCUUCUGUUUUACAAUGUCAGGAUUUUUAUGUACAUUAUUGUUACUACUCAGACUCCUCGGACUUUAAAAUGUAUGGCUUUGUAUGCCUAUCCCUAAUCCUAGUAUAUUGUGUGCCAAUAUUUUGCUUAGAACUCGGACUUUUAAAAAAAAAACCUACCACAGUAGUACUAAGGGCUCUAGAGGCACAAAUUGACUCCUUCCUUUUGUUUGCCAAAGCCACAAGGCGUUUGCCUGGAGAACAUACUGUCCCAGGUAUAACUAGAGGGUAGGACAGGAUUUUGAGUUGUAGGACUUCUCACUCACUAGGAAAUGAGUUACACACAGGACAGUCAUAGACGGGACCUUGAACUUAUGUUUCAGCAUAUUCUAUUCCAAAUAAAUAGUCCUCAGCUAUGGCAGGAUUUCUCGUUUGUUGGAGAAGGUCUGCUGCAAAGAGUUGUGCCAUGUUUUCAAUGCUUUCAGGCAAGGACUAAGAGAGGAAACACUCCCUUCUGUGACUUCAGAUAGAUGUAUAAACAGUUGCUGAAAGUUUGGAAAACAUGCAGUUGGCAUGAAUUUGCGGGGGCCCCAUGUUGGGAAGCUUACAUGAAUAGUAACAGUAUUUAACACUAAAACUGACUUUGCCAUUGUGUAUCUUUACAUGAAGGAACUGGAGGGAUGUAUGUUUCUUCCAUCCAGACCAAAUUUUGGGCAGUUUGGACCAAAUUUCCAUAUCCUCCGAACUUGUGAAUGUAUUGGACUCUGGUCAAGAGCACAAUUUGGUGGUGGUGCUUCUACAACUGCUUUACUCAUUGAAUUAAAGGAUAUACCAAGUGGCUGGAAAACAAAUCUAGGGCUUGGCUUUCCUUCUGUAGUUUUAGCUUGCUGUAGCCAGCUCGAUAAAUCCCCACAGUUGAGAUCAGAAGAGAAAAAGAAAGAUGCCCUGGCUUCUGUGGUUGACUUCCUGGUCUUGGGCCAAACGUCUUUUGUUGGGAGGGAAAGAUGUGGAAGAGGGAAGGCUCUUGUUGCUGAAUGGAUUUUCAAGCGCCGCUGCUUCAACACUGACAGUUUGUGUCUAGUGAAACAGAAUGCCAUCAAUGAAGAGUCUGUGCACUUUGAUGACUCUCUCCAGAAGGAGGAUUUGGCUGCUCACUAAAACAACGUAUUGACAUCAUUGUAAUUGUUGGCACACACAUUAUAAAUCUUUCCCUCCCAGUUUGUUUAUAACUAGGACAUGCAAAUUCAGACAGCUUCUAGUGGAGUGAGAGACACUGACCAUACAGAUGGUCUCAUAAAUGUCUUAAAAGCCAAAUAAGUGUUGUCCUCUGAAUAUGUACAAACUCCAGCCUUUAACAGCUGAGCUUCCACAUAUUGUAAAGACAGUUUAGUACUUUUUUUCCUAUUAAGGCCUUUAAGAUCACCCACGAGUGCCUUCCUUGUAUACAUUUCCUGCCAAGUCCUAUAUCAAAGACACAGAGAAUGGUAUAUUCAGUUGUCCCACAGUGAUGGAACUCCAUUCCUAUUCAAGAUCCCUGUAACCAUGGGUUCCAUUCCUGCAUUUUCACUUAUCAAGAGGGAAAUUGUGUCUCUAGGAAUUUGAUAAUCCUCAAGUCAAUUCUAUGGUAUUUUUCCUCUAGAAUAAUAUUCUAAAUAAAGUAGGCCAGAGUCUGUUAAUAGCGAAAUGGAGCUCAGAAAUGUGCUCUUGGCCAUGAAGUUCAGCAGUGAAUCAUGUAUGCCGAAGCAUAAUUUGUAGUAUUUAUAUUGCUUUACGUGAUUUUAAUAAAUCUGUUCAGUGAUCCAGUAUGUGACCCAGUGACUUCCCAAACAUUUCUGGUGAAGCAAGGGUCAGGGAUUUCCUGAGUUGUUGCUCAUCCUUGUACUGCCACAACACACCUUCUCUGCUAAAACAGUAUUCUAUGCAGUAUUGCAAAGCUCAAGAAAACAUGCCUUUGUGGGCACAGAGACAUCGUUGCCCUAAUUUCAGGAAAAAAGCACAAAGUCCUUUUGGAAAGGUGCCAAAAUGUAAGUGCCACAACUCAUAACGUAGCGAUAGGAUUCUCAGUAUUUUUAAUGUGAUACUUUAUAAGCACUAAAAGAGCAUCUUUGUGGCUUAUUUUGCUGUGACGGUGUCGGUUUAUGGAGCUGUGUAUUAGAUUUUUAAAUAUAUUGUGGUGUAAAAAAUGUACUUUAUUGCUUUGUAUUCACUUACUGUUUUGUAUAUAUGAAUUUUGUAAAUCUUAUUAAAAUGUGAUUUGUUCUUA